UUCAAGCUCCGCGCGCGAGCCGAGCUUCAGGCCCACGGGCGGAAUCCGCGCGCCCUGUGUCGCUUCUGCGUUCCGUCAUGUUCCCGGCCGUCUCCUCUCCGCGGACACCGGGGCCCGGGACCCGAAGGGGCCCGCUGGGCGGAGUCGGGCCGGGCUCCACGCCCCGGGCGACUAGCAGGAAAGGUCUGUCCCUGGCGUCGGCAGUCAGCUCCCCGGUGCUCUUUUCGCCGGUCGGCCGGCGUAGCUCGCUGAGCUCGCGAGGAACACCUACACGAAUAUUGCCACACCACUGUGUAACUGAGUCUAUGAACUAUGAUGUGAAAACAUUUGGAUCUUCUCUUCCUGUUAAAAUAAUGGAAGCCUUGACAUUGGCUGAAGUUGAUGAUCAGCUGACUGUUCACAUAGAUGGAGGUGGAUGGGCUUGUCUGGUCUGCAAAGAGAAACUCAUUAUUUGGAAGAUUGCUCUGUCACCUAUUACUAAGUUAUCUGUUUGCAAAGAACUUCAGCUGCCGCCUAGUGACUUCCACUGGAGUGCUGACUUGGUGGCUCUCUCUUAUUCUGAUACUGCAGGUGAAGCACAUUCUACUCAGGCUGUUGCUGUCAUGGUUGCCACCAGAGAAGGAUCCAUCCGCUAUUGGCCAAGCCUUGCCGGUGAAGAUAUCUACACAGAGACCUUUGUAGAUUUGGGAGGUGAUAAGACUUACAGUUUCCUAACAGCAGUGCAGGGAGGAAGUUUUAUUUUGUCCUCAUCGGGAAGCCAGCUGGUUCGGCUGAUACCUGAUAGUUUAGGAAAGAUUCAUCAACACAUUCUGCCUCAAGGACAAGGCAUGCUUUCAGGAAUUGGUCGGAAGGUCUCUUCUCUUUUGGGAAUUUUAUCUCCAAGUAGUGAUCUCAUCCUUUCAAGUGUCCUCUGGGAUAGAGAGAGAGCAAGCUUUUAUAGCCUGACAAGUUCGAACAUCAGUAAAUGGGAAUUAGAUGAUUCUUCAGAAAAACAAGCACAUAGUUGGGAUAUAAGUAGAGCCCUGAAGGAAAACAUUACUGAUGCUAUUUGGGGAUCUGAAAGUAACUACGAAGCUAUUAAAGAAGGGGUCAACAUUCGGUAUUUGGAUUUGAAGCAAAACUGUGAUGGGCUCCUGAUUUUGGCAGCCGCAUGGCACCCAGCAGACAAUCCAUGUCUCAUCUAUUACUCUCUGAUAACAGUAGAAGAUAAUGGCCACCAAAUGUCUGAUGCGGUAACUGUAGAAGUCACUCAGUAUAAUCCACCUUUUCAGUCUGAAGACUUGAUCGUGUGUCGGUUGAUGGUCCCAAACUUUUCAAAUCAGACUGCCUAUCUGUAUACUGAAAGUGCUGUCUAUGUGUGCACCACAGGAACUGGGAAGUUUUCUCUUCCUCGGGAGAAAAUUGUCUUUAAUACACAAGGAGAUAGUAUUUUAGGAGCUGGUUCCUGCGGUGGUUUUCCUAUCCUUUUUUCGAGAAACAGUGGGUUGGUGUCUAUUACUUCAAGGGAAGGUGUGUCCAUAUUAGCAGAAGAUCUUGAAGAUUCCCUAGCAUCUUCAGUUGCUGGACCCAGCAAUGAGAGUAUGGUUUUUGAGGCUUCUACAAAGAAUGAAACCAUUGCCCAGGAGGAUAAAACCAAAUUGUUAAAAGCUGCUUUUCUGCAAUACUGCAGAAAAGAUCUAGGUCAUGCUCAAAUGAUGGUUGAUGAGCUCUUUUCCUCCCACUCUGAUUUGGAUUCUGAUUGUGAACUAGACAGAGCUGUUACCCAAAUCAGUGUAGAUUUGGUGGAUGACUACCCAGCCUCUGACCCACGAUGGGCUGAGUCUGUCCCUGAGGAAGCACCUGGAUUUAGCAAUACAUCACUGAUUAUUCUUCACCAGCUAGAAGAUAAGAUGAAAGCCCAUUCUUUCCUUAUGGACUUUAUUCACCAAGUUGGCUUAUUUGGACGUCUUGGCACUUUUGCAGUAAGAGGGAUGCCCAUGGCAACUCGACUGUUGCUCUGCGAGCAUGCGGAAAAGUUAUCAGCCGCCAUUGUUCUCAAGAACUACCACUCCAGGCUCUCGGACCUGCUGAACACAGCAAUAAUGAUUGCUUUAAACAAGAGGGACUGUGAAAUCCCAUCCAACCUGACUCCCGCAGAUGUCUUUUUUAGAGAAGUGUCCCAGGUAGACACCGUCUGUGAGUGCUUACUAGAGCAUGAGGAGCAGAUCUUAAAGGAUACAUCAUUGGAAUCCGUUGAAUGGGCUGAGGUGGUCAUCAAUGUGAACAGUAUUCUCAAGGACAUGCUACAAGCUGCUAGUCAUUAUCGACAAAAUAGAAACUCCUUAUAUAGAAGAGAAGAACCACUAGAACAAGAACCUGAAUAUGUUCCUUGGACAGCAACGAGUGGUCCUUCAGGCAUCCGAACAGUAAUAGAACGCCAGCAUGGAAUUGUCCUGAAAGUGGUUUAUCCUCAGGCAGACAGCAACCUCCGAAACAUUCUGACAGAGCAGCUGGUAGCACUGAUUGAUUGCUUCCUGGAUGGUUAUGUUUCCCAGCUGAAGUCUCUGGACCGAUCUGGUGAUCAAGAAAGAUAUAACAGUCUGGAAAUGGAAUACCUACAGAAAAGAUCAGAUCUCUUAUCUCCACUUCUCACACUAGGCCAGUACCCGUGGGCUGCUUCAUUAGCAGAAAAGUACUGUGACUUUGAUAUCUUAGUACAGAUGUGUGAGCAGACCGACAACCAGACCAGACUCCAGCGCUACAUGACCCAAUUUGCUGAUCAGAAUUUUUCAGACUUCCUCUUCCGUUGGUAUCUAGAGAAAGGAAAGCGAGGCAAAUUAUUAUCUCAGCCCAUUUCUCAGCAUGGAGAGUUGGCGAAUUUUUUGCAGGCUCAUGAACAUCUCAGCUGGUUACAUGAAAUUAACAGCCAAGAAUUAGAAAAGGCUCAUGCAACACUUCUGGGUUUGGCAAACGUGGAAACUCAUUACUUUGCAAAGAAAAAAACCCUUCUUGGUUUGAGUAAAUUGGCUGCAUUGGCUUCAGACUUUUCAGAGAAUAUACUGCAAGAAAAAAUUGAAGAAAUGGCUGAGCAGGAGCGCUUUCUUUUGCACCAGGAGACCCUGCCUGAACAGCUGCUGGCGGAGAAACAGCUAAGUCUCAGUGCGAUGCCAGUGCUGACUGCCCCUCAGCUCAUCAGCCUGUAUAUCUGUGAAGAAAACAGAAGAGCUAAUGAAUAUGAUUUCAAGAAAGCUUUGGACUUGCUGGAAUAUAUUGAUGAGGAGGAAGAUGUAAAUAUAAAUGAUCUAAAACUGGAAAUCCUUUGCAAAGCUCUUCAGAGAGAUAACUGGUCUAGUUCAGAUGGUAAGGAUGAUCCAAUUGAAGUAUCUAAAGACAGUAUAUUUGUGAAAAUCUUACAGAAACUUUUAAAAGAUGGCAUUCAGCUCAGUGAAUACCUGCCAGAGGUGAGAGACCUCCUGCAAGCCGACCAGCUUGGAAGCUUAAAGUCUAAUCCUUACUUUGAGUUUGUUUUGAAAGCAAACUACGAAUAUUAUGUUCUGGGACAAAUGUAACUUUUUCUAAAAAUGGUCACUGUCCCUGAAAAUUUGUGUAAGCAUGUCCUUAUAAAAAUCUUAGGCCUUAAACAUCUAAAAAUCUGUAGUUUUAUAACAUGUAUUGCUGAAUUUUGUAUACUUUAUUUGAAAGCUGCUACAAAACAGCUGUGUGACUGUAGUUUUGUUCUUUUGCUACAAGAUAUCUUCUCUCCUUUUUGCAUCUAAAAUGUAUCACUUGUUAUUUCCAUGCUUGCUACCCUUUCUUCCUCUUCUCAUUCUGUCAGGGGUUCUGGAGUUCUUAACUCUGGUUCUGGCUACUUGUGUGCACAAAGCACUUCUCGGCCUCAGUUUCUGUAACUUUAAACAUGACAAGAUUGCACUGAUUGUCUCUGAAAUGGCUGUGACUCUGCACUGAAGAGAAUCUGGAGUAUUUGGUGUCUUUUGGUUAGAGCUAGUGGGAAAUAUGUAGUAAGAUAGAUGUCAGGUUUGCUGACUUGCUAUAGGACUAAAAGACUAAACAAGGCAUAAUUCAUGUGAGCUUAAGAACUGAUUAAUUCAUUGGGAAAAUAUUAAACAUUUCUGUGUAAAUAAUAGAGUAUUAAUGAGAGGAGUGAAUAAGAC